CCCAGCUGCUGAUACAAAAGAAGAAUGAGUGUUCACAAAUGAAACAUGAUCCGCUUCCUGAUGAGCCGUCGACGUCGCUGUGGCCGGCGUCCUCGAACAAGAUAUUGACGUGUACUACACAGUUGUCUCCGUUCCGCAUAAGGUCCUGGUGAUUCUACUGCCAGUUGUUCGCCACCCUCAUCUGCAGCAGCAGAGAGUUGUAAUAUGGUGCGCAGCUCCACGUCCACGCGGCCGCACCCAUGCGCGCAUCGCUGUGCUGGGCUGAACUGGGCAUGCUCGUCCUCGACCGCGACUACGCGCAAGGCAAGAACAUCAACGUCGCAUAUUACCCUCUCAACAUCUCCAACCGGGGGUUGUUGUUUGUUUGCGAUGAUCAGCGCUUUCUUCUUGAGGGUGACAGCCGCCAUCUCCCUGUCUAGCACAACAGCAACCCGCAGUAGGCUACCAGAACGUGCCCCGCCAAUGAUCGUGGUCAGCUUGAGCCGACUCGUGCCGCCGCACAGCCGGAGAACCGAGACCGGAAAUCGCUGGCUGCUGACGUCGCAGAGGCAAGAAAACGGGGCGGAGCGACAGGACGAGACAGAGGCGACGGAGACGAGCAAUUUCCAUGCGGCACCAGCGUCUGGUCGUAUUACUCCCAGAUACUUAAUUAGCGGCCCUGUCAUAAGUCCGGACAUUUCACUCCUUGUCACAUACCCAACGCUGCAGAAAAUAAAAAUUUAAAUAAGUCGGAACGUGUCCAGGAGGUGCGUCUGCAGCUACUCGCUCUUGUGCAGCCGGCGCGCUUCCUUUAGUUCCGUACAACAAAAGAAGCAAGAGGCUUGUUUACAAGAAGCCUACGCUUUAUCAGUGGCGUAGGCUUCUGAAGCAGCUUGCACAGGAAAGUAAGAGCGCGACGGUAUAAGUAGAAACAGCCAGCCAAAGAAAGCUCUCGACAGCUCGGAAACCUUAGUCCCCGUCGGCUGCCACCCAAUGCAGUGCGCCGGGCGGCUUUGGUGUUUGUGUUUCCGUAUAAUGAACCACGCAAGCGCGUUGCGCAUUUGCAACGCCUGUUUCUUUGUCUAUCGGCGCCGCAAUUGCAACACCUUGCACAGUGUAGGCAUCAGGAAUACACAAACGUGCCAAAAUAAGAAAACUGAUAGUCCGCACAUUUCUACAGGUUGUGACUGUAGGUGCGCGCAGUGUAGUAAGUAAGCGGGCAGCUCUCGUUCUGGACCUGGAUGCGCCACGUUGCGCUGUACUGACUCAAUACUCAGGUAAGUGCUACGCGGGGACGGCUGCUCUGCGGGGGGACUGCUGGAUGGAAGCUCAGGAGGAACAUUUGCGCGGGGAGUAUUGGGGCAUGAAUUUCGAACGAGCAGCCCUCUGAAGCGCAUCAAAGCAGUGCGCGCGUACUUAGACGUAGAAAAAUAGGUGGGCAAGCAGCAGAUAGGCUGCAAUGCUCGGGGGCUCGCGGGAUAUAUUUAUGGGCACUGUAAGCAAAAGAAAAAAAGCCCGGGUAGGAAAAAUGCAAUUUGCGUUUUUUCCUACCCGGGGUUUUUAUUUUCAAAACCCCGGGGAGGAAAUAUUUAUCCGCUGCUCUGCACGUCUGUGAGGGUGAUAACAGCUGAUAAAUAUUUCCUACCCGGGGUUUUGAAAAAAAAAACCCCGGGUAGGAAAAAGUUCAAAACUCAUAUUUCCUACCCGGGCUUUUUAUUUUCAAAACCUCGUAUAGCCCCUCCGAAAUCUGGGCGGCGCGGCAGCGCCGCGAAAUUUUUUUUUUGGAUCGCGGAGAGCUAUGUGAGGUUUUGAAAGCCAAAACCUCGCAUAGCCCCCUCGAAAUUUGGGCGGCGCGGAAGAUUUUUUUUUUUUGGUUCGCGGAGGGGUAUGUGAGGUUUUGAGACAGAGGCGACGGAGACGAGCAAUUUCCAUGCGGCACCAGCGUCUGGUCGUAUUAGAAGUAGUAUUUGGGGCUCGCGCCGCCGUGUUGGCACAACGGCGCGGGGAUCUGCACAUAACAAUAGAAAAGCAGUACUGCAGCAACUAGAAACAGUUCGAAGAGGCUUGGCCGAAGAGCUGGGGCGUGCUUUGGGGCUGGCUGUUCCCGGAAGGGCAGCCAACGCACUAACGCCGCGCGAUGAUGGCAAACAGCUUGAUGGCAACAAAGUACAAAAACAAAAAGGAAGAGCACGCGCAGCCAGGAACAUAAAAUGAAUAAGAAAAGGCGGCCAGCAGAGCGACCGGCCCACCAACUGCAGCCCAACGCCUAGCGCGCCAGAUCCGGCCGGCCUCUGUAGUGCCAAAAGCCGGGUCAGGUAGAGGUAGAUAAGAGCACGCGCCUCCGCUUGGUGCGCCUCACGGUAGUCGUGCCGUCUACCUUCUAGGAAAUGGAAAGCAGACCCGCGCCGGGCGGCCUCCCCUCCAGGAGGCUACUAGGGCGAGAACGCCAGCGAACCCUUGGGGCCCGCAGGUAGGUUUCGUUUUUGCUUUUAGGUGCGGCGGCUCACAUCUGCUGCAUUCGCAUUAGCCCCCCGCUGUGCGCCGAGAGUUUCUCUUGCGUAUGGUCUUGGGCUUGUUGUGUGCAUGCUUUUCCAUCCGGGCUGCCCUUCGGCGAGGCUUGGCCCGAUGCCCUGUAGCAAGCAGCAGGACCACGCAGCUGCUGGCGGUUGCCUCCCAACAAAUCUAAGUAAGAGGCACGCCUGUCAGUGGUGUUUUUGAGUUUUACUCUCGGCACCGGCGGCCACGCCUCACAGCAUGGAGGCAACAACCAUGCGGCUGGUUGUUUCUGAUGUGUCAGCCAAAGCCCUAUCGCGGUUGGUUCGGUGUUUCUGUGCUCCCGGUGUCGGGUUUCCUAGGUAAGCACCAGGGGCAGUAGGCCCGCCGGGUAGCUGCGGCUGCUUCCCCAAAUAGUUCGCAGCUCGUUUACGUUUUAGAAGCAAAAAGAAUGCUUUUGGCCGUUGAGCUGUAGGGGUCAGCUGUAGGCGCGAGCUCUAGAGAUGAGGCUAUAGAGCAUCGCCGGCCACCUGUAGAGGGUUUUGGGCCUCUAGAGGUCAGGCCCGUAAUCGACCUCCAGAUCUUCUCUCAGGACGAGACAGAGGCGACGGAGACGAGCAAUUUCCAUGCGGCACCAGCGUCUGGUCGUAUUAGAAGUAGUACUGCAACAUCUACGAAUCAACAUUUUCCAGGACAAGAACGUCCCUCAGCAGGAGGAGCUUCGGCAUCAUCUUUCUCACAAGAAAGAGGCUGUGAUCAUAGUCGUACAACAGCGCGUACGAGAACCAACGACCCAUUGCGACGAGGAAUUUUAGCUCCCGCCGCAAAAACCGGAGGUGUGGUCCCGUAUGUUCUUGAUCCUCCCCAGUUAAUAUCGUACCAGGAGCCAACGCGAGGACCUGCUGGUGUGCAAAAGGAAAAGCAGAACCCCUGCGGCCCUGGUUGGACACCCUACAAUCAGGAUAUCGAGAUGGUGACGAACUCCGACGACGGAACUGCGGGGAGAUUGUUCAUCCCUACCUCGGGCAGCGCAAAUGGCCACCGGCUUUCGUCCCAAGAUGAGACCGAUUAUACCUACUUCGUUGACGAAGUGAUCGAUGGUGUGCCAGUCGGAGCAGCAGCGGGAGGAAUGGGACAAGACCAGCACUAUUUUCCCGGCGGCCAAGAAGAAGCAGAAGCAGAGCAAGGGCAGAUCGGGAACAACCUGCAUGGUACACCAGGAACAAGCGCACGCACCGGUGUGGUCAGCACGACUGAAGGUCGCAAAAUAAAUAACCUGCGACAGCUAGGACAUCAAGAGGACACAGCAACUGCGUCAAGUUCAUCUCGCCACCAUCAUCAAACCUGUAGUUGCGAACAGCUCGCCGAGUGGUCUUCUUCUGAUGUUGUUGAAAAUGUGCCUCUAGACUCCGGCGAGCAACAGAAACAGGCCGCGACACAAUCCGAAAUGCGGAAUUUGAUGCUACGCGACAUCGUCUCGGAGUACGGGGUGCCACUGCUAGCAAGGGGAGCAACAGCGUCUUCGACGCCUGGGCCGACGAUGUCAAGUGGUAGCGGUGAAGAUCGUUCUAAGUCCUCUGAAACACUGGAUAAAAAUACGUCGUCCUCUUCCACGGGCAGCUCUGUAGUUGGGUCGGCUGGCCCAGGACAUCUGCAAGCGCAACAGGCUUGCUCAGUGAGAGAAGCACUAUCGCAGCGGCACGGUCCUAGUAGUCCACGACUUGAGCCUCGUGCUGCGCAAAGAGAAUUAUCGACCGCGCAGCAGCAGGUGGAAGAUAAAGCAUUACUAUUACAUGAGUCAUCAAGUGGACCAGUAGGACAGUCGAGUUCAUCAAGUAGACCAGUAGGACAGUCGAGUUCGAUGGGGCAAAAGCAAAGCAGUGCCAAUUCCUCCAGUUGCUGGACGGUUUCUGAAACGGAGGAUGAUGAUCCUGACACUCGUAUCCUGAGUAAAAACGUACCCACACCAGAGUUGUAAUGCAGAUUUGCAAAGACAGGAAGACUUGCAAUGCGCAUCCCCAUGAGAGCCAUUUCCAAUCGUGUUGUGGAAUUUUUGAUGCUAUGAACAGGAUGAGCAGAUGAGUCUGUAAUGCGGCUGCACUUGCUAACCUGAACUACACUGCAUAGUGCAACUUGUGAUGCGUGACUCACAAAGCGCCUAGGUUUGUGUUGCAAAAUCCCCACUCUGACUCUGGUGUGAGUACGUUUUUACUCAGGAUAACUCGUCCAAGGAGCAACGACGACGUCAACUCGCAGCGGCCAAUUAGCGACGGUACUGCUUCGGAGGAGGCCUUCAGCCGCAGUGUGGAUAUCAAAUGUAAAAAUGUCUGGGUCUGCGUCUGGAAACUUGUGAUGCUGGGUGGCGUCUCUUGAUGAGGCCACAAAUGCUGGCUCAGCAUGGCAAUUUUCUGAGCUUCUGGGUGUUUUGCUUAUUCUGCAUGACAAACUGCGUCUCUGCAUCACAGAAAAGUGGAGCCCUUGGGUAACGUGCAUGACAGAUUUCAGAGUUAUGCCAGACAAGCACGACAAACAUGCAUUCUUCCAGACCCAGACGUUUUUGCGUUUGAUAGUGGAGCUUUACCGGCAAAUCACCUCUGCGUAUUCCACAGAAAAAAGCUGGCAGGGCAUAUUUCUUGUAAUGCAAAAAUAAAUACACAGAAAAAUCUGUCAUGGGCGACCUCGCAGCAUGCUGUUUAGAAUACGCAAUACAGAUUUUUUGUGUAUUUAUUUUUGCAUUACAAAUGUGACCUGCCCGCUUUUUUCUGUGAGAUACUGCGACGUCUACAUGCUCAUCUUUGGCAAACUACGUCAUGUUGCAGCAGCAACAGAGCCGCCAACAGGAGAACGCAAUGUUCUUGGACCACGACGACGAGCAGCUUUCCACCUUAUCUUCGAUCUUUCAACUACCGUUUGCUGAGAUAAUUUCGACACCAGCAGCAAUCCUCCCUGCCGCGACGAACAACCGCGACGGAGCUGCCGCUGCCGGGUCUGCCUAUCAAAACGCGUGCGCCCUGGCCAGUGGGCUGAUGGACUUUCGUGCAGGCUUGCUGGAAUUACGUGCGCGGUUGCUGCUGGACCACAAUUAUGCAUUGCAAAAGCAUUGUACUAGUAUGAAUUGCAUUACAAAUUUGCUCAGCAUGAGAAAUAAGAUUUGUCAUGCUGUUUUACCUUUGGAUGGAGAUUUGUAAUGCACAACUGCGAUUACUACGAGUGCGAUACUUUUGCAUUGCAUAACAAUCGCCUGGUCGAGUCGGUACCAGCGUCCUCCUCGAGUAGCAUAAUGGUGGGCCAACAACGCUUGAACUACAGGGCUUCAGAUCUGCCUCAUGUUCUUGGGGGAGGACAUCUACAACUCCACGAUGGUGGUACAAGAAGACCCACGUCUACUUCACGACCCGCGUCGGGCGUGGGUUCUUCAUCUUCUCGCACUGGAGGUAUUUUUAAUGAUGGUCACCAGCAUGAUGGCAUCAACUACGCUGCAGAAUUGAGAUCAACAAGCGUGAACACCAACGCAGUCCCGCUCCCGGCGGCGCCGUCGCAGGCGGGUGCUGAACCUGGUAUUUGGGGGUCUGAUCCCCAGGUGCACCGAAACGCGAUCCACGCAAUAGAUUUGUGCGUUCCCAUUGCUGAGUAUGGGAGUGAGCAAUUUAUUUUCCCCUCGUGGUUCCCCGGGUUUGUCAUGCAAAAUGCGCAACUCAGAGUCAGAUUCACUCAUCUCGAUGCCGUCGAGCGGUGCUUGCAUGCCAAGUAAAAGUUCCGGCGGGAGACGAAGUAGGUAAUACCUCUACGGCCCGGCCGUGAAUUUGUCAUGCCAAAGCUACCAACGUGUUGCGCCUCGUUCCGUUGCUGCUGAUGCCUUUCUAUGUGUAUGUAUCAUAUGAAAUUUGUAAUAUCAUGUUGCGGCGGGGGAACUACCAGGGUAGAAGUUCUGCGCAUUGUCAUACAGGGAGAGUCGCCUGCAGGUUAGCGGUCAGACCUCCCGGACCUUUUUACAACCUCCAGAGUGGAGCAUCAUUGCGAGGAACCUAGUAUGUAUAACGGGGAAGUAAACUACAACCUCCACCAGCAGUGGUGAGGCGCUUGUGGUGUGAGUAAUUUCUGCGAAAAAAAAUCUCAGAUAAAGUAAGUAGCUUUUAGCUGAUGUAGCACUAAUGUUUCGAUUCAAAAUGUGAGAAUUUCAAGUUGGCUUUUUGGGAGAUAAAACGGAGCAAAAAUCUUUCAUUUAAUCAGUUUUUGCUUUCCUCAACGGACGACAAAUGCACUUGUAUUUUUCCGCAGGGCGGAGUCCGUGCCAUGAAUAUACAAAAGGAUAAUUUUGGCUUUCGCCAAGUUCAGCAUUGUGGCCCAAGCCCGCCUCGUUUGCUAAAACUCGUUUUUAUUUUGACCGAUCGAAUUUUAAUCUUAUUUUCAAAUCGAUCGAGACCAGCUCGAACCAAAUAUCAUCAUAUUUUCAAAAAAAGCCACCUCGAAAAUUCGAUCUAGCUGUUGUAGGCUUUUCCAUUAUCGUGUUGUAGGAGGUAUCGCAAACCUGCUCAUAACAGCGCUUGACGCGCUUCUAGUCUUCUGGUCGUGUGGACUAGGUCGUAUUUUUGUCGGCCUCCUACGGUAUGUGUAUUCGUAAAACAAAAUGAAGCAAAAUAAAUGUAUUGCGAAGUAGACACUCUUCGUUACCUUCCUUUCUGUUGAAACAAAAAAGACCAAUAAAAAUUCUUACUCGAUGAUGGGGUCACAAAAGUCCUAAUCUGUUGGUUUUUUUUUGCCACCCAGCCCCGUC